GCAUUUAAGCCGAAAAAUAAAAAUUUAUUGGGUGUACAAAUAUACCAUACUGCAAUUACAUGAUCAUAAUUCAUGACCAACGUUAUGAACAAAUCUAAGAAAGAUCAAAGAAAAUUCAGCAAGUUGAUGAAGCUUCCCAUAAGGCUUUUGGUAAAGGCCAGGGACUUUUAUGUUCAGAGCAUUACAGAGUGCUCUGGACAAUUCGACUGUAAUGCAAUGAUGGGUUGCCCUAGUGCCCAAAUCCCAAGUGCUUUGCCUAGAAGCCUCAGUGCCAGCUCCACCAUAUCAACCGCCAGCAGCGAUGAAGAUUUCAGGGAGCUUGUGAGGGCUGCUUCUGCUAGGACUCCUGUUAGUACUAAUCUAGGUCUAGUUGCUGGAAAAACACAGCAGCCUAGGCUGUCUCGGAAGGCUGGGAGUGGAUCGAACGUCAUGGCUCGCGGUCAAAGUGUUGGAAUUGGGAGGAUUGAUGAGGACAAGCCUUGUGAUUUUGAUGAAGAAGAAAUGAUCAAUGUCAAGGAAUAUGUGUAACCAAGAAGCAGAAGCUAUAUAGAUAUGUUUAUUUCUAGGAGAACAAGUAUGUCUUAGUUAUUUUGAUUAAUUAAGCAAUUUCUGUAUUGUUAAUUUUGUUUUUCUUAUGAUUUAAUCUAAAUGACUUUU